AAAUGCUGUGCUGCUUUAUUGAGUGUGUCUGCUUGUCUGUUCCAUUUAGGUCAUUAUUGAUGAUGAUCUAUCUGCCUGAUAGUUGUGAGUGAGCCUCUGUCACACUUCAUGCAGAGUUUGAAAGUGAACUACCAGACAAGACCAUUACUGGAACCUCAUUCUGCAGGCCAGGCCUUUAUCUGUUGUCUUUCUGUAUAUCAUCAUGAUAAACCCAUCAUCUGGACCAGGAGGUGUGUGUAGGUUGCUGGCCUCUUUGCUUUAUGGGCUGAAGUCUCAUUUGGACACCUCAGAGGACAGCACUUUUCUUCAGGACAUGCUCAGGGGCAAUACUCUGCAUCUGCUUAUUAAGGUCUAUGACAGACUGCAGAAGUACAAAGCCCAGCGUCCUGCUCCACUGUUGGAAAACACACAGGGCCUGGCUCAGGACUUGGCAGAUGAGCUGCGCUGUGUAGUCGCCAGCCCAGAGACAACAGAGUUGUUGUACUUGCUCUCUAAACCUCAUGUACAGGCUCUUCUCUCAGUGCAUGACAUGGUAUCUCAGAAAGAGUUUGACCCUCGGUUGCCUCCUCUGCCCCCACUGCCUGAUUACAUUGAGAAAGAGGAAGAUUCAAUCAAGAUUGUUUGCUUGGUUAAAAACCAGGAGCCACUGGGAGCCACCAUAAAGAGAGAUGAGUCCACUGGAGCUAUAGUGGUGGCUCGGGUCAUGAGAGGAGGAGCUGCUGAUCGAAGUGGUCUAAUUCAUGUAGGUGACAAGCUCCAGGAAGUCAAUGCUGUUCCAAUGGAGAACAAGAACCCAGAGGAGAUCAUUCCCAUACUAGCCAAGUCAGAAGGAGCAGUGACCUUCAAAGUCAUCCCAGGCACCAAAGAAGAGCCAGAGACCUUAGAUAACAAGAUCUUUGUAAGGGCACUUUUCGAUUAUAAUCCCCAAGCAGAUCCUGCUAUUCCAUGCAAAGACGCCGGGUUAGAAUUCUGGAGAGGAGAUGUGUUACAGAUUGUAAGCCAAGAAGAUGACACCUGGUGGCAGGCCAGACGGCACAGUGACGUGGACGCCAACCUCAGGGCUGGAUUGAUUCCCUCAAGACAGCUUCAGGAAAGGAGAGUGACUUUACAAAGGCCUGCAGUUCUGUUCCACCCACUGAGAGAGUCGAUGAUAUUCAGUGCUGGUUUAAGGAAAAGUUUCCGGUUGAGCCGGAAGGAACACAAGUCAACAUGUGAGACAGAAGAUGGGCAAAGGAAAUUGCCGGUAUCCAUUUUACCAAUAUAUCAGGAGGUCCUGCCUUACAAGAGAAAGCCUGAUGAGCCUUACCGCCUUGUGCUCCUAACUGCUUCCGACCUAAAAAGCAUGAGAGAGAAGGGGUGGAGUAACACUAUUACACAAAACAAUGAGAAAGAAGGGGUGGAGUACCACUUUGUCUCCAAACACACUUUUGAAAAAGAUAUUCUCAACCACAAAUUUUUGGAGUAUGGUAAAUAUAAAUGGAACUACUACGGUAUGAGUCUGGAUUCAGUGCGCAGGGUUAUAGCGGAGAGCAAGGUGUGCCUACUGGAUGUGAAGACACACGUGAGCAUAGCAGCCUUAUACACCUCCGAGUUUAAACCCUAAAUCCUGUACAUCAAAAGACCCCAUCAAAAGAUCACUCGAAAAUGAAAAAAAGAAAAUUCAAAAGUACUGUCAAGUCAGAAUGAACAAGCACUUACAAAAAUAUUUACGGAGGAGGACUUUCAGGAUAUGAUUACCAGUGCCCAAGCCAUGGAGAAUAAAUAUGGCCACUUGUUUGAGAAAGUGAUCAUUAAUGAUGACCUGGCCAUGGCAUUCACUGAGCUGAGAGACGAGCUUACAAAGAUAGAAACAGACACUCACUGGAUCCCAAAUACAUGGGCUCAUGUCUGAAAAGCAAUUCAUGUUCAC